ACGAUGAGACACCAAGAAGGAAGCUUAUAUCUUCAUGGCUCAAGAUUACGAGAAGCCACCGGAAAGAUGACUCAGAUUUACCGGCGGAUCGUCCGGCUAGACGUCCGGUGGAGUGUUUUACUCCAUAAAGUUUCAGUUUUUAGAGAAAUCUUGAGGUUUAUAUGGGAAAGAUUUCUUGCUUGUUCUAUGAGGAAACCAGUCCGGUACCGGAGAUUAUCUCGCCGGUCAUCUUCUCCGGCGGAGGAAAUGGAACCUGGGUUUGACCUUGAAGACCCCACAACCUCCGGCAACGGUUAUGAAACAGAUUCAGAUUUAGUUACACUCAAGAUUAGCUUGUUGGGAGAUUGUCGAAUUGGGAAAACAAGUUUCAUGAUUAAGUACGUAGGAGAUGAACAAGAGAAUAGAAGCUUGGAGAUGGCCGGUUUGAAUCUAAUGGAUAAAACGCUGUCGUUUGGCGCAGCAAGAAUUGCUUUUAGUAUAUGGGACGUUGGAGGCGAUAAAAGAUCGAACGAUCAAGUCCCGAUCGCGUGUAAAGACGCCGUUGCAAUUCUGUUUAUGUUCGAUCUAACGAGCCGAUGCACCCUUCACAGUGUAUUGGAAUGGUAUAUGCAAGCAAGAAAAUACAACAAGACUGCAAUUCCUAUAUUGAUAGGGACCAAAUUUGAUGAUUUUGUAAGGCUACCACCAGAUCUACAAUGGACCAUUGUCACUCAGGCACGGGCAUAUGCAAAGAUUAUGAAAGCGACAUUGUUUUUCUCGAGUGCAACACACAACAUUAACGUGAACAAGAUCUUCAAAUUCAUCACGGCUCGACUCUUCAACUUACCCUGGUCUCUGCAACCCAAUCUAAACCUUGGGGAACCGAUUAUCGACCUUUACUAGCAAUAUUACUUCUCAAUUACUUGUACAGAGUCUAAAUACUGGAACCGAGUUGACCUAGAAUAGCUGGACCUCGAUACAAAACCCAACCUAGCUUGACUUGGUUUGACCGAUCUGACUUGAUCUGAUGCGAUAAUUGCAUAGAAAAGAAAACUGACGAAACCAGACAGAUGAAACAAAAAGAUACUGAAAGAUAACAGUUUUUUGGA